GCUUUACCCAGUUUGGGUGGGGGAGGGAACGGCUGAUUACGAAAGACAGAUGACACGAGUUGUGGGUGAGGGUGGUUUUUGCAUAUAGUUGCACAGAGGGAACCAUCACUUCGAAGAAUUUCUCAAAGCGCUUUAUUCACAUCUGGCUAAAGGGAGCCCGCGGACGAUGUUGCGGUGUGCGAUCCCCGUGCUUCUGGCAGCACUGGUUUCCAUGUCCAGCUGCUCCGCCAGGUCCGACUGCGUAGUGGACAACUUCCAAGUGAAGGAAAACUUCAACAAGACCCGGUACACCGGAAAAUGGUACGCCUUCGCAAAGAAAGAUCCCGAGGGUCUGUUCCUCGAGAGUAACAUUCACGCCGACUUCAAGAUCGAAAAUGAGACCAUGAUUGCCAAAGCGACCGGGCUAGUCACUUUACUACCAGAUUGGAUUGUGUGCGCCGAAAUGAUGGGGACCUUCAACAACACGGCCAACCCUGCCAAAUUCAAACUGAAGUACUGGGGAGCAGCCGAGUACCUCCAGAAAGGCAAUGAUGAUCACUGGAUUAUUGACACAGAUUAUGAUAAUUAUGCCAUUACGUAUACCUGCCGAAAGCUAUAUGAAAAUAGGACAUGUGCGGACAGCUACUCAUUCAUCUUCUCGCGCGAUCCAGUAGGACUGACCCAUAAAACACAGCGCGUUGUCAGAAAAUGGCAGGAACAUCUCUGCCUGGCAUACAAAUACAAGCGUGUUCCUCAAACAGGUUCAUGCCCAUAGAUCCACUAGAAUAACGCCACCUUGGCAAUGAUCGUGGCUGUGAGGAUUGGUCUGGAGCACUACACGUGGAUCAGGUUCAGUCACAAUGCCAAUAUACUGUAUUUUUCUAAGCCUAACAUUUUAAAUGCAAGUAGACUUCCAGUCAUGCAUUGCUUUUGUCAUGUUAUUAUAUAUCAAAUAAAGUUAUAACAAACA